AUGGCACUUAAGUAUUUAAUUUUUGCUUCCGCUAUAUGCCUGGCAAUGGCUUCACCAAUAGGUCACUACUAUGAAGAGCAAGGCGGCUAUGAAGAGCAAGGCGGCUAUGAAGAUCUUAGCAGUCAUGAUCUCGGUGAACAUCAUCAAAUCGAACGCGUCUCUUUGGGUGAAGAACACCAUGGCUAUGAGCAUGAAGAAGAGCACGUCGAUUAUUAUGCUCCCCCUAAAUAUGCUUUUAAAUAUGGUGUAAAUGACUUCCAUACCGGUGAUGUAAAAUCGCAGCAUGAAUCACGGGAUGGUGACUCUGUUAAAGGCCAAUACUCGUUGGUUGAACCUGAUGGCUCGAUUCGCACUGUGGACUACACGGCGGACAAACAUAACGGCUUUAAUGCCAUUGUGCACAAAACUUCACCUGUACACCACGAAGAACACCAUGAAGGACAUUAUUGAGGAAAUAAGAUAACCGAAUAAUUCCGAUGGAAACCAAUCACAACAGAAACAGUGGAAUUUUAUUAAUUAGUUGUAAAUUCAAAUCGAAUUAGCUGAAUUAUAAAUUAAGAACAGGGAGUAGACACAGAAAACAA